UCGCAGGUCAUCCACAGCGGUCACUUCAUGGUGUCGUCGCCGCACAGCGACUCGCUGCCCCGGCGGCGCGACCAGGAGGGGUCCGUGGGGCCCUCCGACUUCGGGCCUCGCAGUAUCGACCCCACACUCACACGCCUCUUCGAGUGCUUGAGCCUGGCCUACAGUGGCAAGCUGGUGUCUCCCAAGUGGAAGAAUUUCAAAGGCCUCAAGCUGCUCUGCAGGGACAAGAUCCGCCUGAACAACGCCAUCUGGAGGGCCUGGUAUAUCCAGUAUGUGGAGCGGAGGAAGAGCCCCGUGUGUGGCUUCGUGACCCCCCUGCAGGGGCCUGAGGCUGAUGCGCACCGGAAGCCGGAGGCCGUGGUCCUGGAGGGGAACUACUGGAAGCGGCGCAUCGAGGUGGUGAUGCGGGAAUACCACAAGUGGCGCAUCUACUACAAGAAGCGGCUCCGUAAGUCCAGCAGGGAAGAGGACCUCCUGGCCCCUAAGCAGGCGGAAGGCGGGUGGCCGCCGCCGGAGCAAUGGUGCAAACAGCUCUUCUCCAGUGUGGUCCCCGUGCUGCUGGGGGACCCAGAGGAGGAGCCGGGUGGGCGGCAGCUCCUGGACCUCAAUUGCUUUUUGUCCGACAUCUCGGACACUCUCUUCACCAUGACUCAGUCUGGCCCUUCGCCCCUGCAGCUGCCGCCUGAGGAUGCCUACGUCGGCAAUGCUGACAUGAUCCAGCCGGACCUGACGCCACUGCAGCCAAGCCUGGAUGACUUCAUGGACAUCUCAGAUUUCUUUACCAACUCCCGCCCCCCACAGCCGCCCAUGCCUUCAAACUUCCCAGAGCCCCCCAGCUUCAGCCCCGUGGUUGACUCCCUCUUCAGCAGUGGGACCCUGGGCCCAGAGGUGCCCCCGGCUUCCUCGGCCAUGACCCACCUCUCUGGACACAGCCGUCUGCAGGUGAGCUCACCCCACCCCGUCCAACCCUAUGUAGCUCACUUGAGAGCUGGUCCUGCCCUGUUCAUGUCCAGGAGAGGCAAGCCCCCCGCCCCAUCCCCUAGGGGACAGAAAGCCAGUCCCCCUACCUUAGCCCCUGCCACUGCCAGUCCCCCCACCACUGCGGGGAGCAACAACCCCUGCCUCACACAGCUGCUCACAGCAGCCAAGCCCGAGCAAGCCCUGGAGCCACCACUUGUAUCCAGCACCCUCCUCCGGUCCCCAGGGUCCCCGCAGGAGACAGUCCCUGAAUUCUCCUGCACAUUCCUUCCCCCGACCCCGGCCCCUACACCGCCCCGGCCACCUCCAGGCCCGGCCACAUUGGCCCCUUCCAGACCCCUGCUUGUCCCCAAAGCGGAGCGGCUCUCACCCCCAGCGCUCAGCGGCAGUGAGCGGCGGCUGUCAGGGGACCUCAGCUCCAUGCCAGGCCCUGGGACUCUGAGCGUCCGCGUCUCUCCUCCGCAACCCAUCCUCAGCCGGGGCCGUCCAGACAGCAACAAGACCGAGAACCGGCGCAUCACACACAUCUCCGCGGAACAGAAGCGACGCUUUAACAUCAAGCUGGGGUUUGACACCCUUCAUGGGCUUGUGAGCACACUCAGUGCCCAGCCCAGCCUCAAGGUCAGCAAAGCUACCACACUGCAGAAGACAGCCGAGUACAUCCUGAUGCUACAGCAGGAGCGCGCGGGCUUGCAGGAGGAGGCCCAGCAGCUGCGGGACGAGAUUGAGGAGCUCAAUGCCGCCAUUAACCUGUGCCAGCAGCAGCUGCCCGCUACAGGGGUACCCAUCACACAUCAGCGUUUUGACCAGAUGCGAGAUAUGUUUGAUGACUACGUCCGAACCCGUACGCUGCACAACUGGAAAUUCUGGGUGUUCAGCAUCCUCAUCCGGCCUCUGUUCGAGUCCUUCAACGGGAUGGUGUCCACGGCAAGCGUGCACACCCUCCGCCAGACCUCACUGGCCUGGCUGGACCAGUACUGCUCUCUGCCCGCUCUCCGGCCAACUGUCCUGAACUCCCUACGCCAGCUGGGCACAUCUACCAGUAUCCUGACCGACCCGGGCCGCAUCCCUGAGCAAGCCACGCGGGCAGUCACAGAGGGCACCCUUGGCAAACCUUUAUAGUCCUGCCCAGACUCUGCUGCUCACUCAGCUGCCCUGGGGGCCACUUUCCCUGGGCACGGGCUCCAGGGAUCAUCUCUGGGCACUCUUCAUGCCCCAGGCCCUGGCUCUGCCCUUCCCUGAGGGGGGAGGGGUCGAGCUGGGUCCAGGUUUCACACUUCCCACCUCCUGGAGGCCAAGAGGAGCGGAGUCCCCGUCCCUGCUCUGCCACUGUGCUCCAGCACCAUGAUCUUGGGUGACUCGUCCCCUAUCUUUGGACCUCUAUGUUUCAAUGUGCAAAAUGGGGAUGGGGAAGGUUCAAUCAGCAGAUGACCCCAGGCCUUGGCAGCUGUGACAUUGGGGGCCCAGGCUGGCAACUCUGGGGGCUCAGUAGUGGGAAAACGAGGAUGCUAUUUCUCUGUCACCUGCACCUGCUCCCCCACAGAUGGGGCACAGACCUCUGUUCCUGAGCAGAGAAGCAGAAAAGGAGGUUCCCUCUCUAGGCUCCUUCACUGCUAACCCAGAGGGGCUGCAGGAUGGUUUCCCCUGGGAGAGGCCAGGAGGGCCUGAUCCCAGGAGACACCAGGGCCAGAGUGACCGCAGCAGGGCAGGCAUCGUGUGUGUGUGGAUGUGUGUGUGUGGGUUUUGUAAAGAAUUCUUGACCAAUAAAAGCAAAAACUGUCUGCCGG